AUGCCCAUUGCAAAGAGCAGUUGGAGAUUCCUUGCUCCGAAAAUCGCCUUGUCAAAUUGGGCUAGAAAUAAUCCUUCUGCAUUCUUCCUUUAUGAAGGGAAGACGGCUCAGGUCCUUUUUAGUGACAUCAGACUGGUGAAAACUACAGAUAAGAGCAUUAGGAUUUGCAUCAGGAUCUACGAGAUGAUAGCUUUUGGAGCAUCACGGGUGGAUCAAUUGAGAGCAGCCUUUUAA